GUCCGCAGCCAGAAGGCACCGUCGCCAACCUUGUCUUCUGGCUCCACUGCCAGAGGAGGCGUCUCCGGAGCCCCCAGUUACCCCGGGCUGUGCCCGCCGCUCAGGCCGCCUCAGCCCUCCUAGGUGCUGCCCGCUCCUCCGCCCGGCCCCGGCGCCGGCCCCCGACCCGGCGGAGAUCAUGAAUCAGACAGAUAAAAAUCAACAAGAAAUCCCAUCAUACCUUAGUGAUGAACCACCAGAAGGAUGUAAAAUCUCCAAACAGUGAAAAGAAAAUCUUACUCAAGGUUCAAUGAAAGAUCACCCACAGCAGCAACCAGGCAUGCUGUCCCGUGUGACUGGGGGUAUCUUCAGUGUUACAAAGGGAGCCGUUGGUGCCACCAUUGGUGGUGUGGCUUGGAUUGGUGGAAAGAGUCUGGAGGUGACCAAAACAGCUGUUACAACUGUGCCUUCCAUGGGAAUAGGGCUGGUGAAAGGGGGCGUGUCUGCUGUGGCUGGAGGUGUUACAGCUGUUGGCUCUGCUGUUGUAAACAAAGUGCCCUUAACAGGAAAGAAGAAAGACAAAUCUGACUAAAAUAUGGAGAUACACUUGCUCUCCACAGCAUUAUGAUGCCAGUGGCAUUGAAUUGCUAAAUUACAGACUACAACCAAGUCACCUGUUUUGGACGUUUAUCUUCUAACUGCUGUGUUGAAAGUAUUGAUGACUGACUGGCUUUUGUCUAAAAGGAAGAGACCAAUACUAGCACAGUGUAUGAAGGUUUCUCAUACUUAAAUUCCAGCUUUUUAUCUGGUAAAAUGUUACACUUAUUUAGUUGUAACUACAGAUAAGGUAUAUUUGAAUAUUUACUACAUAAGUCUUUCAGUUUAACUAAAAAUGUGAAAGUUGAAUUUAGUGGAUGAUCUUUACAGUUCCAUAUGUAUAAUGUGCCAGGUAACUCAUCUGCCCCUUAAGAAGGGAACCUUGACCUACAUAAAUGUACCUUUGAUGUGCCUAAUAGUUUCAGAUGUCUUAGUUUUUUUAAUAACCAUAGUUGAUUAGACGAAGAGGCAUUCUUUUCUUAUUUAAGAUGGUAAAAGUAGCAGGAACUAGAGAAGUUUAAAAGAAAAGAUUCAUGGUUUUAUGAGUAUUAACCAUCUUUUGUUAGAUAGGCAUAUAUUAAUUUAAUCAUUGAUGCCUUACAAAAGAAAACAUCUUUUCUAAUACCCUGAAUAUGUGCAGUUCUUAGGAUUAUUAUUAUAUAUGGAUUCUUUCAAAAGUUGUUUGUGAAAUUAGUUUUCCCUCAAGAAUCUCAGGAUUAGUGACAUAAAGGCAUUUCUUGCUCUCAGCAGAUUAGGAUAGUGUUUGAUAACUGUCAGUAGUUAUAACCAAAUUGUACACUUCAACCUGGGUUCAUGCUCCAUCAUUAAUAAACCUCACAGUGCCUAAGGAACAUUUCUUUGCUGGUCAGAAGCUGUGUUAAUAAAAGAGUUUCAUAUUAAGGAGGAAAACAUAAAUCAUUUUAAGUUCUUAAGAAUUACCUAAAGCAUCCAAGAUAUAAAAAAUUCUUCACACCUAUUUUGUCUCCAGGAUGGCUUAAGUUACUAGCAGUACCCCUUUCAAAAAACACAGUGAAAGCAGCCACAGAUGUGUGGGGGCUGACUCUUAAAUUGAACGGAAUGGGCUCCAUAGAUUAGUUUUGAAUGUAAAAUAUAUGUAACUGCUGUCUGUUUGACAGGCUUUUAAAAUGUCAUCUUACACUCCUUUAAAGCAGCUGUAAACUUUGUACCAUUUUCCAAGUCAACUUCAGGCAGGAAAUUGAAUUUUUUGGUUGCGGAU